CAUUUCCGACGACUUGGCAGAAAAACACGAAAACAAAAAACUCACGCAGAGAGAGUCCGGUUCCUCUUUCCCUUCUGUUUUCCAAAAAAGGCAAAAUAAAAUAUAAUCCGACGCCGUUUUGCAGCUCUCUCUAUUUAGGGUUUGGUUCUGAUUUUGUAAAGGUUUGCUUGGAACACAACAGCGUCGUAGUGCUGGUUUUUGAAUAGAACAAUCGCUUUUCACAUCUCUGGUAUUUGCUGGAUUGGAUGAUCUAAUGGAGUCUAAAGGUGGCAAGAAAAAGUCCAGUAGUAGUAGUAAAUCAUUGUUCUACGAAGCUCCUCUUGGUUACAGCAUUGAAGACAUUCGACCAAACGGUGGCAUCAAGAAAUUCCGAUCUGCUGCUUACUCCAACUGCGCUCGCAAACCAUCCUGAUAUCCUCAAGCCUGGUAGCCUGACCACGCAACGUGGUUCAUUGACAGUUUAUUACGCAGUUUUUAGUUAGCAUCUCAUCUUCAACCUUCCUCUUUCUCUUUCCAGCUCUUUGCAAUCGUCAUCUCUUUUGGAGUAAUAAGCAUUUACCAUUUAGUCAAAAAUGGCCUUGCCAGUUUCUGCCAUCGGUUUUGAAGGUUAUGAGAAGCGAUUAGAGAUUUCCUUCUUUGAACCAAGCAUCUUUCUUGAUCCCGAAGGAAAGGGCCUUCGAUCACUGUCCAAAUCCCAAUUGGAUGAAAUUCUUGGACCUGCUGAAUGUACUGUAGUUGCUUCAAUGUCGAAUGACUAUGUCGACUCUUAUGUUCUUUCUGAGUCAAGUCUCUUUGUUUAUCCUUACAAGAUCAUCAUUAAAACCUGUGGCACCACAAAAUUACUUCUUUCUAUCCCACCUCUCUUGAAGAUGGCAGAGACCAUUUCCCUUGCUGUAAAAUCUGUGAGGUACACUCGUGGGAGUUUCAUUUUUCCUGGUGCACAGCAUUUCCCACAUCGUAACUUUUUGGAAGAAGUUGCUGUCCUUGAUAGCUAUUUUGGAAAUCUUGGUACAGGCAGCAAGGCUUUUAUAAUGGGCAAGGCAGACACACCAAAGAAAUGGCAUGUGUAUUCUGCUACCGCAGAUUUGUUAUCUGCUUCGAAACCCAUUUACACUUUAGAAAUGUGCAUGACUGGCUUGGACAAAGAAAAUGCUUCCGUGUUUUACAAGGAUCAGUCAAGCUUGGCAGCUCUAAUGACGGUUAAUUCUGGCAUCAGAAAGAUUCUUCCAGAUUCUGAGAUUUGUGAUUUCUCGUUUGACCCAUGUGGAUAUUCCAUGAAUGCUAUUGAAGGUCCUGCAAUUUCUACCAUUCAUGUCACUCCAGAAGAUGGCUUCAGCUAUGCCAGCUUUGAAGCAGUGGGAUAUGAUCUGACAGAAGUGAAUCUUAAUCACUUAGUUGAGAGGGUUUUGGCUUGUUUCCAACCCAGUGAAUUCUCUUUAGCUGUGCAUGUUGAUGAUGUUUGUAGAUCUCUUGAGCAUAACUGUUCGCCUGAUGUGAAGGGAUACUAUUGCGGAGAAAGUAGCUAUGAAGAGCUUGAAAUGGGGGGUUCUGUUGUCUUCUAUAGAUUUGCCAGAACUGGUGACUGCUAUGGGUCUCCAAGAUCAACUCUGAAAGGCUGCUGGAAAGAGGAAGAAGAGCAAGAUUAGUAUAAUGGUUAACAUAUAUGCCGUGAUCGUUGAAUAAUGAAAAUUUGUUCCUGUUAUAUUAUUUUUAUUUGUUUUUAUGUGAGACUUGAUGAUAAAUAUAUUCUAUAUCUCUCUGGUUGUCAAAGAGAACUAUUAAUUUGA